GGUGAAGGAGAAAGAAGUGCAACACUAACAAGACCAACUGACAGGAUGAAGUGCAUUGUUCUCCUGCUGGUUUGCUUCUCUAUCGGAUGGGUUCACUCCAACCCCACAAAAAAAAGUUAACAUUGCAAAAUUUGGAGAAGCCUCACAGAGCUCAGAUUACAGACCUGAGUACAAUGCUGCUGCUGCUAUCGAUGGUGAUAGAGACUCAAAUAUGAUGGUGGGUUCAUGCUCCCUUACUGGUAACGACAAGCCAUCUUGGUGGCAGUUGAACCUAAAGCACAGGUACAAAGUGGAGAAGGUGGUGAUAGUGAACAGAGGAGACUGCUGCAGUGAGCGCCUUUUGGGAGCCGAGAUCCGUGUUGGAUUCACAGCCAAUCUGAAGAACCCACUAUGUGGCACCGUAACUGAUGUCUCUGAAGAAACCAUCACUCUGUCCUGUCACGGGAUGGUGGGUCAGUACGUCACUGUGUCUAUUCCUGAACGUGAGGAAUAUCUCCAGCUCUGUGAAGUGGAGGUCUAUGGGAACAAAUACAGCCCUGUUGUACCAGUCCAUGAGGAAUCGGAGGAAGAUGUACUGCAAGACAUAGGCAAUUUAUAUAAACAUUAAAGAACACCUUGGUUUUAGGGAUGUCGCGGACUGUUCGCCCGCGAACUAGUUUGCGCGAACAUCGACUGUUCGCGUCCGCCGAAUGUUCGCGAACGUCGCCUUAGCUGGCGCUUAUUUUUGCCAUUUCUCCCCCAGACCAGCAGAUACAUGGCAGCCAAUCAGGAAGCUCUCCCUCCUGGACCACCCCCACACCCCCUGGAUCACUCCCCUUCCAUAUAUAAACUGAAGCCCUGCAGCGUUUUUUCAUUCUGCCUGUGUGUGCUUGGAAGAGCUAGUGUAGGGAGAGAGCUGUUAGUGAUUUGAGGGACAGUUGAUAGUAACUUUGCUGGCUAGUAAUCUACUUGAUACUGCUCUGUAUUGUAGGGACAGAACUCUGCAGGGAUUUGAGGGACAGUGAGUUUAGGUUAGUUAGCUUUGCUGACUAGUAAUCUACCUUCUACUGCAGUGCUCUGUAUGUAGUUGCUGUGGGCACUGCUUCUGAUCUCUCAUCUGCUGACUGCUGUAAUAACCCAAUAGUCCUUGUAAGGACUGCUUUUAUUUUCUUUUUUGUUUUUUUUACUUUGCUACUGUAAGAGCCCAGUGCUAUUAGUCUAGCUGUGUUGGGGAGUGGGACUGGUGUGCUGCUCCUCCUAGUAGUUCACCACUACCAGCACCAACCAGAGUCAAAAUUGUUACAAAGUAUCUUAUUUGCACCUGUUAGUUGUUCUGAGCUCUCUGCCAAAAGCUAAUUAAGUUAGAAACUGUUUUUUUUCUGGCUGUUCAGUUCAGAGAAAAGAGGGACUGGUGUGCUGCUCCUCCUAGUAGUUCACCACUACCAGCACCAACCAGAGUCAAAGUUGUUACAAAGUAUCUUAUUUGCACCUGUUAGCUGUUCUGAGCUCUCUGCCAAAAGCUAAUUAAGUUAGAAACUGGGUUUUUUCUGGCUGUUCAGUGCAGAGAAAAGAGGGACUUUCCAGUACAAAAGAGGGACAAUUGGGAGGUAUGCAAGUGCCACCUAGCUGUGUGAGCUUUUUCACAUUCUGUCUAAAUAAUAACAAUAAUAAUUCCGUGUCCGUAAACAUCACCUGAGUGAUGUUUUUACAGCAGCAAUAAUAUAUUCCGUAUCCACUACUGUAUACGUUGCCCUUGCAGGCAUUGUUUGCCCAGUCUUUAACCAAGUGCCACCUAGCUGUGUGAGCUUUUUCACAUUCCGUGUCCAGAAACAUCACCUGAGUGACGUAGUGUGAUUUCUGCCCUUUACAGCACAAAACGCAGCGCUGUGUCAACAAUGUAUUUUUCAGAAACAUUUUUGCCCUUGAUCCCCCUCUGGCAUGCCACUGUCCAGGUCGUUGCACCCUUUAAACAACUUUAAAAUCAUUUUUCUGGCCAGAAAUGUCUUUUCUAGCUUUUAAAAUUCGCCUUCCCAUUGAAGUCUAUGGGGUUCGCGACGUUCGCGAACCGUUCGCAUUUUUGCCCGGAAGUUCGUGAACAUGUUCGCGAACAUUUUUUCCGACGUUCGCUACAUCCCUACUUGGUUUAUUAAUCUGCUGAAUCUGCAGUGAAACAAUAAAUAGAAAUUCUGGUU